AUCGCCGUUUCUAACACUGCGGCUGGAGGGGCAAGUUGCAUUUCAUUUGAUUUGAACUCAAAAAUGUCUGUCCACUCGCCCAAUCCCGUCCUGAUCCUGCAGAGCAAGCGCUUCAAUGGACUGCGCAACAUCCUGGAGCGCGAAGGUCCCUUCUGCAAGGACGACUUUUCGGCCUCGCCAGACAAUCUGGAAUUCCUGCAGACCAAGUGCCAGGUUCUGAUCAUCGGAGCCGGCGGACUGGGCUGCGAACUGCUCAAGGACCUAGCUCUGAUAGGCUUCGGAAAUCUGCACGUCAUCGACAUGGACACCAUCGAGCUGUCCAACCUAAACCGGCAGUUCCUGUUCCGCCGAACGGAUAUUGGCGCAUCAAAGGCCGAGUGCGCGGCGCGCUUCAUCAACGGACGAGUGCCCUCUUGCCGGGUGACGCCACACUUUAAGAAAAUCCAGGACUUUGACGAGACCUUCUACCAGCAGUUCCACAUGGUCGUCUGCGGCCUGGACUCGAUCGUGGCCCGUCGCUGGAUCAAUGGCAUGCUGCUCUCCAUGCUGCGCUACGAGGAAGACGGCACCUUAGAUGCCAGCUCUAUUGUGCCCAUGAUUGACGGUGGCACCGAAGGAUUUAAGGGCAAUGCCCGCGUCAUCCUGCCUGGAUUUACGGCCUGCAUUGAGUGCACCUUGGACCUGUUCCCACCGCAGGUCAACUAUCCACUAUGCACCAUAGCAAAUACACCCCGCCUUCCGGAGCACUGCAUUGAAUACGUAAAGAUCAUACAGUGGGAGAAACAGAGUCCGUUUGGAGUGCCACUGGAUGGCGACGACCCCCAGCAUAUUGGGUGGGUCUACGAAAGGGCUCUGGAGCGAGCCAACGAGUUCAACAUAACCGGUGUUACAUAUCGCUUGGUCCAGGGAGUUGUCAAGCACAUUAUUCCCGCCGUGGCCAGUACCAAUGCAGCCAUAGCCGCCGCCUGCGCUCUGGAGGUCUUUAAGUUGGCCACCAGCUGCUAUGAUAGCAUGGCCAACUACCUGAACUUUAACGAUCUGGACGGGAUCUAUACCUACACCUACGAGGCUGAGAAGUCGGAGAGCUGCUUGGCCUGCAGCAACACGCCGCAGUCGCUGCCCAUCGAGGAUCCCAACACCACCACGCUAGAGGAUGUCAUCAAGCUGUUGUGCGACUCUCCGCGUUUUCAGCUCAAAAACCCGGCUCUUACCACUGUAAUGAAGGAUGGCAAGCAGAAGACCCUGUACAUGUCCACGGUGAAGAGCAUUGAGAAGGCCACCCGCAAGAACCUGACGCAGUCGCUGGGCGAACUGGGACUGCAGGAUGGCCAGCAGCUGACUGUUACCGAUGUCACCUCGCCCUCCGCAAUGACUCUGCAGCUCAAGUAUCAGUCUAACGAGGUGGAGAUGGUCUGAGUUGAAUCACAUUAGACUACAAAUUUAAUACAUAAUAAUUCAUGUAAAUUAAAUGGCAGGCUUAGCCUCAAGGUUCGGAGCUAAA